AUGAAAACCAUACCGGAACACUUUGAUAAAGUGUUCUGGUACGCUUUUUUGCAAACCGGAAGAGUUCACCAAUGCAUUCCAGAAUGUAUGGAAAUUCUGCUCCAGAUUUGUCAAAAAAACGAGACAACUGUAGAUACCGCUGAUGCUUUCACAACUUCACAAAGAUUUGUCACACGGGAAGAGGUUAUCCGAUGGGUUAAAGAGACCAUAAUCAACAAUAAAGUGACCGUUAUCAUCACCCGUUCGGACAUUGAAACAGGCAAAAGAGGAAGAAGCAACAAAGUGAUAUUUGGGUGCAAUAAAAAGGGAAAAUAUAAGGAUAAAAGUGAAACUCAAAGUGCUACUAAGAGACGUGGAUGUCCAUUCAAAAUCAGGUCGACUCCGAUAAAAGAUGGGUCUGGAUGGAAGGUUGAUGUAAAAUGUGGAGUUCAUAAUCAUGGUUUACUAGAUAGAUUAGAAGGUCAUUCCUUUGUUGGUAGGUUGACAACAGAUGAGAAGCAGCAUGUUGCUGAUUUGACAAAGAGACAUGUUCCUCCUAGACACAUAUUGAUUUCCUUGCAAGAGCGAGAUCCUGAAAAUAUCACUCGUAUCACGCAAAUAUACAAGCAUACGAGUGUGAUAGAAGCAGAGAUAAGAGGUCCAAGAAGUGAGAUACAACAUUUGCUUAAGCUUAUAGAGGAGGCGAACUAUGUUUAUUGGAGUAGGAAAAGGGAUGAUUUGGUAGUUGUGAGAGAUAUUUUUUGGGCUAAUCCAGAUUCGGUAAAGUUGCUGAGUCUUUUUCCAAGUGUCUUGAUUAUGGACGCCACAUAUAAGACCACCAAAUAUAGACAACCUCUGUUUGAAAUAGUUGGCAUGACAUCGACCGAUUUGACAUUUGCGGUUGUAUUUGCUUAUAUGGAGUGUGAGCAGACAGAGAGUUAUUGUUGGGUCUUGGAUAAGCUGAAGCAAUUGUUUAUGAAGAAAGAUGUGGGUCCAUAA